CAACCUUCUGACUGUCUGAUUGGGAGAAUUGCUGCAAUCUUUGCAGAUAGAUAUUUGAUCCCAUCUUAUUGGGAAUAUUUGUAUUGAUUCUCAGGUAUCAAACCCUUUAGUAUUAACUCUUUCUUCCAUUGUUUAGCGCGCUACUUUGCGUUAGACAAACUUCUGACUGUAUAGCACAGGCUGUACCGUUUGAGGUAUUUUGUAUUUUUGAUGUAGAACCGUUUAUAUUGAGCACAGAGUUUGUGUUUUGAUAUAAUAUAAUACGAGUAUCUCAAAGACGCGUUGUGAGCUAUACAGAGGAACUUGGUCUGGUCUAAUCGAAUAAAUUUCGGGUUCGUCAGUCCGUUGUUCCAACCGAAUAUUGGCUGUUCGGUCGCUACAACAGUCACUGGUACAAUUUGUUGUAAUAAUGAUUGUUUUCAUUAAACCAAUCGUGUUCUGAUGAUAAAAAUUUCCUUACACAAUCGCGAAACAAAAUAUCACAAUGGAUAAUUCAGACUGUAAACUCAUUCUUUGACACCGUCGUCCUUCCUACACACCAAACAAGACAGAAAAGCAAACUUCGCAUUCUGUCACUCAGUCCGUGAAUUGAUUUCACUGAAUGUUUCACUCAAUCGAAGUGACAUGACACUUUCUACCACCGAUCAAAUAUCACAAUGUCAGUAACGAUUUGUUGAAGACUAGGAUUCAAUUGGUUGACCGACAAAUAGACAACUUCACAAACGUAUAAAUUCUAGUCCACAACUCACUGGAACAUCAGAAAUCACCGAACGUACAAAUGCAAAGUACAUUGGUGAGUCAUUCAUUCGUCUAACCAACCAAAACUCUCUCUUCCUCUUUCUCUCUCACAAACAAGUGACAGUAUUGACUUUCGCCUUCGUUGUGAACUAUCUGGAUGUGGUGCACUGUGAUGGAGGUGAGCUUCACACCAACAGACACGGAGCACUCUCACUCACUCACUCACUCACUCACUCACUCACCCACUCACUCACCCACUGAUUCAUUCAUUCAUUCAUUCGACUAGUCAUUCACCAAACUAUUCAUCCAGUUAUCCCUCCAUUCGUCCAUCCAUCACUCCAAUGAUUCAUUCAUCCAUUAAUUCACCAAUUCAUUCACUCACUUACUCACUUGCUUACCUACUUACUUACUUACUUACUUACUUAAUUACUUACUUACUCACUUACUUACUUACUUACUCUGUAAGUUGUUCCGACACCAGUGCAGUCGAUCACAGCCAACUCACACAAUCCAAACCAUGUGAGUGGAAGCAUCGAGCAUCAGUGUAUUUCGCAGCUGACAAUCGUAUGAACGUUCUGUCACUCACCUCAUCAGAACAUUCGCCUCAAUACUCACGUUCCCUGUCAUUAUUGACAACCAAGUCAGUCAGAUAGGCAGUCGGUCAGUUAGGCAGUUAGUCAGUUAGGUAGUGAGUGGUACCGAUCAAGUCAGUCGUCGAUUUGCACACAUCUGAUGGAGACGCGAACUGAAUCAUAUUGCUGCAAUUGAACUUAACUUAACUUAUCUUAAACCGACAACACACUGUUUCGUUACUGUUGUCCAAUGCAGAUGGCGCACCCUCAGCUCCAGUCAAAUCACCUGAUCAGUAACCAGCUUCACCAGCCGCAUCGGAUUCACCUGCAGCACCAGCGGCGGCUUCAGCGAAACCAGAUUCGCCUGCCACCACCAAGUCAACCGCACGUUCGAAGUCACCGAAGAGAGCACAGAGACCAGCCUACCCAGCCAGAUCACCAUCACGUGUUCGUAGUAAGUCAACACUACACCAACCACUUCAAUUCCUUAUCUCCGUUUCUUUCAAUAAUCUUGACCAGUACGACACACCAGUCAUUCCUCCGAACACACACACACACACGCGUGCACAUGCACACAUUCAAUCACUCUGCAGUCAGUUUUUUAUACUCAAUCAAUCACUCAUUCUCUCACUAACUUUUACAACACCAUCAAUCCUCACACUCACCCGUUGAAUGCCAUCACACACUUGUUCCAUGUCACACAAUCAAACAUCCACUCCACUACAAGUGCCAUGUAAUCUACUGAGUUUGUGAUUGACCAACACCCACUGUUUCACUUGU